AUGCUUGUGGACAACGAAGGGCGUGUGAGGAUUCCUCCGGCUUCGCCCUUGCUUCUGUUGCUGGUACCAGGUGCCCAGUCCCAAGGAGCCGUGACGAUGGAGGUGCUCCCCAAGGCCCUGGAGGUCGAUGAGAAGUCUCCAGAAUCCAAGGACCUGCUGCCCAGCCAGACUGCCAGCUCCCUGUGCAUCAGCUCCAGGAGUGAGUCUGUCUGGACCACUGGCCCCCGGAGUAACUGGGAAAUCUACCGCAAGCCCAUCGUCAUCAUGUCCGUGGGUGGCGCCAUCCUCCUCUUCGGUGUGGUCAUCACCUGCCUGGCCUACACCCUGAAACUGGGUGAAAAGAGCCUUAACGUCCUAAAGAUGAUCGGGCCUGCCUUCCUGUCUCUGGGCCUCAUGAUGAUGGUGUGUGGGCUGGUGUGGGUGCCCAUCAUCAAAAAGAAACAGAAGCAGAGACAGAAGUCAGUUUUCUUCCAGAACCUCAAGUCCUUCUUCCUGAACCGCUGAUGGCAGCCUCACCCUCUGUCCUCCCCAUCAACCUGCCACCUUGACCAGGAGGAGACCUGAUGACCAACGUCGAACAUCCCCAGCUCCUGAGGUGGUGAGGUUUGCCAUUAAACUGAC